AUGGAUAGUACCUGGGACUGGAAGAGGUAUUCUGCCAAAGUCGAUGUUGAGGCUCAACGUAGGCCACGAAUGAGCUUUUCCUCAAUCCGAUAUCUCAUUCUCACAAUCUAUCGCCGCCUAUUUUCGUUGAUUUAUUGUGCCAAUGCGAUCGCAUUCAUUAUUAUCAUGAUAAGGAGCCAACAGAAUCUCCUUGCAUUCGUCAACGCAGCGGGCAUCAACUUGCUAGUAUGCGGUCUUGCUCGACAUCCGCUAGUAGUGAAUGCCAUCUUCCGGAGCAUAUGCCGCAUUCCGCAGUCGGCUCCUCUCGCGUUGCGCAGGAGGGCCGCUGAAGCAUAUCAGUAUGGUGGAGUCCACAGCGGAUGUGGUGUGGCAGCCCUUUUAUGGUAUACCGGCCUCGUGGGUCUGAUAUCAAAGGAAUAUUGGUUGAACGGAGACUCGGGGACGAUUACCGCCCCGGUGGUUGUUAUAUCCUAUGUUUUACUCGUUGACCUCAUUACCAUCAUUGCGGUUGCGUACCCUACCUUCCGGGCAAAAAUACAUAACUAUUUCGAGCUCAUACACCGAUUCGGCGGUUGGUUAGCAGUAGCUCUGUUCUUAACCCUCCUGCUGGUCUUCUCAGAUCAAGCCCGACAUUCGCAAGGAUUAUCUCUCGGGCAAUACCUGAUUAAGCUUCCAGCGUUUUGGUUCGUCCUGGUCAUCAUUGCCUCCAUUGUCCAUCCGUGGCUCCUUCUCCGCCGGGUGCAAGUUUUGCCAGAGCAUCUCUCAUCACAUGCUGUCCGACUCCAGUUUGAUCACACAUCUACAGCAUUCGGUAAAGUCUUAGCACUUUCCAACCAUCCGCUCAAGGAUUGGCACAGCUUCGCAACUUUCCCUAAUCCCGAUGGUACGAGCUUUUCCUGCAUAGUAUCUAAGGCAGGCGAUUGGACAACCCGGUGUAUCGACCAGAAACCAACCCAGCUUUGGAAGAGGGGAGUGCUCAUGUACGGCUUUAUCCACGUAAUGCGGGUUUUUCGCCGAGUGGUAGUGGUUGCCACCGGAUCGGGAAUGGGGCCCUGUAUCUCAUUUUUGAGCGAGAAGCAUCGCCCACAGUUGCGAAUCCUCUGGCAGACGCGGGAUCCGAAUAAGACAUACGGCCCGGAUGUCCUUAGCCUUGUGCAUCAGCUCGACCCAAACCCACUUCUCAUUGACACCACCACCAGCGGCCGAGUGGACAUGGUGCCAAUUAUUCAAGAGCUCGCGCGAGAAAUUGAUGCGGAGGCUGUGUGUGUGAUCAGCAAUCCGCCGCUCACGAAACAAGUGGUCUUUGAGCUCAAGGAGAGUGGAUUGCUUGCCUUUGGACCAAUCUUCGACUCUUAA